GGGACAUGCAAAUUAGGAUCGAUGGGGCGGGGAAAUGAGUCGGGGUUGCAAGCUGGGGAUAGGGCUUCCCCUUGGGGGCGUGGCUUACGAGCCCAGCUUUCCCGCCGACGGUUGGUCACGUCACGUGACAUGGGUUGGAAGAUGGCGUCCCCCACAGACGGGACAGAUCUGGAAGCAUCUUUGCUAAGUUUUGAAAAACUUGACCGUGCUUCACCAGACCUUUGGCCAGAACAGUUGCCAGGUGUUGCCGAAUUUGCAGCUUCCUUCAAAAGUCCUAUUACUAGCUCUCCACCCAAAUGGAUGGCUGAAAUAGAACGUGAUGACAUUGACAUGUUGAAAGAACUGGGGAGCCUCACCACAGCGAAUUUGAUGGAGAAGGUCCGAGGUCUACAAAACCUGGCCUAUCAACUGGGACUAGAUGAGUCCAGAGAAAUGACUCGAGGGAAAUUCCUCAACAUUCUAGAGAAACCCAAGAAGUAGCAGCUGCUGGUGGACAGGAUGUCCUGGGGACUGGAAUCACACUCGCCUGCAAGUGCAGCUCGGCCUCCGGAAACCUCACAGCUUCUCGGAGAGGCCGGAGGACGUGCCUCCAGGACUGACCCUCUCCCUUGCCCCUGGCACACUGCACCUCUCAGACGCUCACUCGUCGGCCAGAGAAGAACCUGCUGCAGCCGAGGAUCAGCGCCACUACUCAGUCAGCUUCUCCGCUUUGGCACCAGAGGGUAGAGCAGCGUAAAGACCAAGUCCUGCUUUCUUCCAGAAAUGAUUCAGGAGCCUCAGCAUCUUACAGUUGAUUUGAUCCGGUGAUGGCAAAGUCGGCUGAGACCUGUUGAAUGUAGGGGUUCUUUUGAGUUGUACUUGAGACCAGAUAGAGAUCUCUGGACCAGGCCAGCAGCUGGCCUGUGACCUCUCCGGUCUAUACCAGACUCCAGGAAUCCCCAGAUUGAGAAGCCAGUGUCUUUAUUGGCAUGUACACCGGUUUUUAAAAACUCUACACCUCUGAUAAUAGUCUUAUCCUCUAAAUGCAUCCUUUUCCCCACCUCCCCUCCCCUGCUGUUGGUUCUGACCCCACAAAAGAGGAUGGACCCCAAAGUAUGAGGUCUUCAUCCCAAUCAGCUUGUGUGGUGAGAGACCAUUGUGAGGUUGCAUUGGGUUCUAGACAUUAAGCCUAAUGUAAAGGCAGCAGAAAGGAUGUGAGUUCUAGUUGAUCUAUUAUAGGGUCAAGCAAGAAAGUUAUAUGGCCUGGAAGCUGGAAUGGGGUUAUUUGUAGGAGUUCUGUCCUUACAGGAAUGCGCUGUGGGAUGGGGCAAUGGUUUGCCUCCCAUGUUCCCUCUCACAGUGCGUACAGAGUAUGACAGAAACACGGGUAAAAGGAAAACAGCUUCCUAACUUCAACCCAACCCUUGUGGAGCUCUUUGUCAAUCUCUGUUCUCUGUGUUAGAACCUAGAAGUCCAGCCCAUGGUUUUCUGUAUUUCACCUAGGAGCCAACUCCCAGCCUCUACAGUCUUUUAGAAAGUAUGUGGAGUUUUCUAAGCUUUCUGAAAAUACCGCCUCUGUGGCAGUCAUCUGAUGGCAUUUGAACACAAGCAAAGAAGUGGUCAGGAUUUUGGUUGAGUGUGCUUAGCCACAAUGCUGCUGACUUUAAUAACAGCUGGUGCGUUCACCAUUUCCUGAUGUUACGGCUCUAUGACUACCCAUGCAGCUGUGCAUAUUAAAAAAGGGGAGGACUGAACACAAGACACAGAGGGUGAGUGUGAGGAAGAAAAGAUUCAGCUUGGGUGCUAUAUAGAAAGUUAUAUUGGAGAGACUUUGAUUUUAAUAUAAACUUAUUAUUAACAUUCCUUUAUCUCUAAAUGCGGUUGGAGAGAGAGAGUGAGUGUGUGUGUGUGUGUGUGUGUGUGUGUGUGUGUGUGUGUGUGUGUGUGUAUUUGUAAGAGAGAGUCUAAAUGGGCAAGAUAGAUAGUGCCAUGAUGUCAGAUUCCUUUUGCUGUGUUGAUGAGAGUUGAUAAUGUUUGGCACUUUCAAGUGCAUGGGGAUUGAGACCUGUGUGGAGUCUGUUGAACGACUUUCCCAAAACUGACUGGCACCUGUAACCGGAAGCUGCAGAGUUGGUUUUUGGUCUGCUUUCACUUCUUUUUCUGUCAUCUUAUUCACCAGCACUUAUGUAAGUAGAUGUUUUAGAAUUACGAUAUUUAUUGGUUUUAUGUUUGUCAUCCAUUGAAAUGUUGAUGAUGUAUUUUUAUAUUGGUAAUAUAAAUUUAUGUACAAUGUGUGUGAGUAUGUGUUACAGGAUAUUAGAGGAUUAUUCUUUGUAUGUGGUCAUUUCUGUGACAUCAUAAUAAAGUAUGUCCCUUUUAUAAGAGUGAGUUUUUCCUCAAAGGCCCACAUUGCCUGUUUAAAGCACAGACCAUGUCAGAAAAUGUAGCUGUAUGAUAAAUAACUGACUGUUUUCCCUUAAAACACAGUGAGUGGUUGGGGCUUUGUGAUCAGCUACUUGCUCUCAGAGCUUCCAGUCUGUCCUGGCAGCCACCUGGCUCAUGACCACUCAGCUGCCCAAAGCAGGUUUAGAAGCCCUCGAUACAUCUUUGUGUUUAUUAAUAAAGUCUGGAUCUCUCA